ACUAGCAGCGGCCCGGCAGGCGGCGGGCGGUGAGCGGCCGGCAUGGGCCCCGGCGGGGACUGGGCGCCGCUGCGCCUGCGGCCGGCCGGCACCUUCGCGCUGGCGGCGGCGGCGCGCGUGGCGCUGGUGCUCUACGGCGAGCUGCAGGACCGCGCGCUGCGCGUGCGCUACACCGACGUGGACUACGCCGUGCUGUCGGACGCCGCGCGCCUGCUGGCCGCCGGCCGCUCGCCCUACGCGCGCGCCACCUUCCGCUACUCGCCGCUGCUCGGCUGGCUGCUGGUGCCCGGCGAGCGGCUGGGCACGCUCUUCGGCAAGCUGCUCUUCGCCGCCGCCGACCUGCUGGCCGCGCUGCUUCUGCUCCGCCUGCUGCGCCGGCGCGGCGUGCGCGCGCCCGCCGCCUGCGCCUACGCCGGCCUGUGGCUCUUCAACCCGCUGCCCCUGGCCGUGUCCAGCCGCGGCAACGCCGACGCGCUCGUGGCCUGCCUGGUGCUGGCCGCGCUCGAUCUGCUGGCGGGGGGCCGCGUGGCCGGCGCCGCCGCCGCCUACGGGCUGGCCGUGCACCUCAAGCUCUACCCGGUCACCCACCUGCUGCCCCUGGCGCUGUACCUGCGCCCCCCGCGCGCGCCCGGCCCGCCCUGCGCCGGCCUCGCGCGCCUCCGCGCCGAGCUGCGGCGCCUGGCGGGUCCCGACGUGCUGCGCUUCCUGGGCGUGGCGGCGCUCACCUUCCUGGGCCUGGGCCUGGCGUGCUACGCGCGCUAUGGCUCGGACUUCGUGCGGCACGCCUACCUGUACCACCUCACGCGCCGCGACACGCGCCACAACUUCUCGCCCUACUUCUACCUGCUCUACCUGACGGCCGAGAGCCCCUGGGGCCGCGCGCUCGGCCUGGCCGCCUUCCUGCCGCAGCUCGUGCUGCUGGCCGCGCUGGCCGCCGCCUUCCACCGCGACCCGGCCUUCUGCUGCUUCCUGCACACGGCCGUGUUCGUGAGCUUCAACAAGGUGUGCACGUCGCAGUACUUCCUGUGGUACCUGAGCCUGCUGCCGCUCGUGGCGCCCGGGCUGCGCCUGGGCCGGGCGCGCGCCGCCGCCCUGCUGCUCCUCUGGUUCCUGGGCCAGGCGCUGUGGCUGGCGCCCGCCUACCUACUGGAGUUCCAGGGCCAGAACACCUUCCUGCUCGUCUGGCUGGCCGGCCUCUUCUUCCUGCUCGUCAACUGCACCAUCGUCGUGCAGAUCAUCGCGCACUACCAGCUGCUGCCGCCGCCGCCGCCGCUGCCACUGCCGCGGGCCAAGGCCGACUGAGCCGGGGACCCCCGCCGCGCGCCUGUGUCCCGGUGCCAGCCCGGCCCUGUUGGUCCGGCCCCUCCGAGCCGAUUCCAGCACGCGCAGAGGCGCGGCCGUGGGCCAUGCGCGGAGCCCCCGCCUGCAGCCUCCCCCCCCCUUUAUGCUCUCUGCAGCGUGGCAUUCUUCUGGACCCCCAAAAUGCGCCUGAGCCCGGCGUUUUGUGGGGGCGGGGCGUAGGGGGUGUGGGAUGCCGGGGAUCGAGCCCGAAUCAGCAUUAUUGAUUGCGAGGCGAGCGCCCGCCCCGCCGUCUUGUCACCUGUGCAGUGUUGGGGGCGGCGUGGGCAGCGUCUGAGGUCAGUCUCUAGGCUGAGGUCUCAGCACUGAGUGGGAUGAAAUUCAUCCACUUGUCCUUAUUUAUUUGCCGGGGGGCUGCUCCCCCAUGCGGGGAUUGAACCCGGCCUGGCUGCGUCAGGGACGAGUGCCUUAACCCCCGUGCCAGCAUCUUGAUCCACUUUGAAACCUGAGUGGUGUAUUUUUUUGUUUUUCAAGAACAUCUUGCCCUGGGGCGGGAGCCAUAGCACAGCGGGGAGGGCGUUGUCCUUGCACGCAGCCAACCCAGGUUCGGUUCCCAGCACCCCAUAGGGUCCCCUGAGCACCGCCAGGUUGGUUCCUGAGUGCAGAGCCAGGAGUAACCCCUGAGCAUCGCUGGGUGUGACCCAAAAAGCAAAAAAAAAAAAAAAAAAAAAUCUUGCCCUUUGAGGUUUGAGGGCUAGUUAGACCCGUUUUCAACACUCCCUUUGUUUGUUUUCUGAUUGAACGGUCCCUUCCUUUAGAACCCAACUUACCGGUGCUGGUGAGGUUCCUGUUCAGAAGCCUUAGCUGAUUAAACACUUGAGACGUU